CGGUAGUUUCACGCCCAUUCUGAUAAAUCUUUUGCCAGAUCAUUAUCGCCGAGUCGCCUCAUUCACGCCCACGACCAUCCCUACGGCCUAAAACCUAACGAGACGCCUUCCUCCGACCCGCGAUUUCCGCCAAGGUCUGGCGAUUUCGUGCUUCAUAGGUUGGUACCUGGGGUUGAAUUCAGAAUUAAACUAUCUAUAUAAGCUGGAGGGAUUUUUGCAGAGGAUAUGAGUUUGUUUGUUGAAUGAUUGCGGGCAAAGGAGUUAGCAAUGGCCGUAGCAACCGUUCAUUCGCAGCAUUCUUACAAACCAAAUCCUUUGAGGUCUAUAUCAUGGAGUAAUGGGAAAAGAUUGACACAUUUUGUGACAAGUGUUCAUUGUGUUAAUAAAGUUACCUCAUUGAAGUGCAGAGCCCUUUCAAGUGGAGGUGUUCCCACUGUCCCUAAACAGAGAGUAAAUGUAUUUAAGGUCUCAGCUUUCAGAAGUAGUAGCCAAAAUGACCCUGGAAGCAGUAGUAGAUCAAAGAGUACGAAGAAAUCUGUCAAGCAGCUUUCUUAUGUACCCCAAUGGAGUGAUGAAACAUCAGUUGAGUCUCUCAAGGCACAUAAUCUUCCCAUUUCAUACCCUUCGGAAACAGUUGAGGCAACAACAGAUGACACUGUGGCUAUACGGAAACUUCUCAAGCACUGUCUGUCAAUGUUGCGGGCACCAUCUUCAAGCCCGGCGAUCGGUGAAAGUGUAGAAGGACAAUCAUCAUCUAUUGAAGAUGUUGAAACACAAAAUCUGGUCCAACAAAAGGAAAGAGGAAACAUUAUACAUGCAUUUUGGAGCUUUAUUAUGGGCCUGGGUGCAACCAUUAAGAUAACAUUUUUGAUCUGUGUUCCCUUUUAUCUGGCCGUUAAUUCAGCUUAUGGACCUGAAGUUUCAAAAGAGUUGACGCCACUAUGGAUUGUUGGACCAUUUAUUGUUGCUUUCUACGUCACGAUGCUCCGAGCCAUUGGCGCGCUUUAUAUCUUCUGUUUUAAGCGGGCAGUAGAAGUCGUAAAAAACCUUCCAGCCUACUACGGGUUGGCAUAUGAUUACAUUGCUCAUGGGAAGCUCAAGGAAGAAAUCAGAGCACGCUUGUUGCAGCCUGUGGUUGAUAUCAAGAACACAGACUACAGAAAACUGGCGAUGAGUAAGAUGGAGGAUAUGAAAGUGGUUUUGGCAGAGAAAUAUGUGGACUUCACGGAGUCAAUUUGGCCUUAUUACUGCCGAACAAUCCGUUUUUUGAAGAAGGCAAACCUAAUCUAGGCUGAAAAAAGUUCGAUGUCGACGAUAAAGAGAUACGAAAAUAUUGAGGUAUUUCUUUUUUUGCAUAUUUUGUUCAUCUUUGUGUUUUUUUUUGUUUGUUUGUGAAGAGUAAGAGUUGAACCCUUUCUUGUAACACUACAAAUUUAAGUUUUGGGUUUAGCGAGCAUUGUAUCUUGAUUCCAUCAGAUCUUGAUUAUUAUGAGCUUAGGGUCCUUCAUACUGAAGCUUCUUGUUGUAUUAACCAUCAAAAGCUCUCACAGUUUAUUCUAUCU